AUUCUCUUCGCCUCCUCUUUCCUCCUGCAGAUUUUCGCAGGAGUUGUAACCCGCCACCCCGAUCUCCACCCCCUCUUCUUCUUCUUCGAAUUGCCAUGCCGUCUCUACCGCUCUCCUCCUCCCCCGACGCUGAGGAGGCGAAGAUGUCGAAGCAGAAGAGGCUUAAGAAGCUCGAAUCCACAGCGCCUGAGAUCGUGGACGAGGAGAAGAAGAACAAGAAGAAGAAGAAGAAGAAGUCCAAGGACGCUGAAUCCUCUGAUGGCGAGAUCGAAAACAGCGACGCCGCCACCGCCUCAGGGGGUAAAGAGGUGAAGGAGGAGGAGGAGAAGAAGAAGAAGAAGAAGAGAAAGGCCUCUGAUGACGAUGACAAGAGCGAUACCAGCUCCGACCCCGGAGAGCCCGUGGCGGCGCCGCCGAAGAAGCCGAAGCUGAUGAAGAAGGAAGGGAGGGCGUCCGAUGACGACGGAGAAGUCACGGCGAGCGGAGAGGAGGACGGCGCCGGGGAUCCGAACGCCCUGUCCAAUUUCAGGAUAUCGAAGGCCUUGGGGGAUCGAUUGAAGUCCAAGGGGAUUAAGGCGCUGUUCCCGAUCCAGGCUAUGACGUUCGAUCUAAUUCUUGACGGAUCUGAUUUGGUUGGUCGGGCGCGGACUGGUCAGGGUAAAACUUUGGCAUUUGUGUUGCCUAUACUGGAGUCUUUGACAAAUGGGAAACAUAAGGCAUCUAGAAAAACGGGUUAUGGAUGGCCGCCAAGUGUGUUGGUACUUCUGCCAACUAGGGAGCUGGCAAAUCAGGUACAUGCUGACUUCGAAUUUUAUGGUGGAGCAGUGGGGCUGUCUUCAUGCUGUUUAUAUGGGGGGUCUCCUUUUCGUAGUCAGGAGCUUGCCCUUAAAAGAGGGGUUGAUAUAGUUGUUGGAACGCCUGGGAGGAUAAAAGAUCAUAUAGAGCGAGGAACUCUUGAUUUGAAAUCGUUGAAGUUCCGCAUCCUUGAUGAAGCUGAUGAAAUGCUCAAUAUGGGCUUUGUCGAAGAUGUUGAGCUUAUUCUUAACAAGGUUGAGGAUGCUAGCAAAGUUCAGACACUCCUUUUUAGUGCUACUCUGCCUGGCUGGGUGCAGAAGAUUUCCGUGAACUUUCUGAAAUCUGGUAAGAAAACAGUUGAUCUUGUUGGUAAUGAGAAGUUGAAGGCUAGUGCAAGUGUUAGACAUCUAGUUCUUCCCUGCACUCGUAAAGCAAUGCCUCAGAUUAUUCCGGAUAUCAUUCGGUGUUAUAGCCGUGGUGGCCGCACAAUUAUUUUCACUGAGACAAAGGAAUCUGCAUCAGAACUUUCUGGCUUGAUACCUGGUGCGCGAGCUUUGCAUGGAGACAUAAUGCAGGCUCAGCGUGAAGUCAUCCUUGCUGGAUUCAGGUCUGGAAGGUUUUUAGUUUUGGUGGCUACAAAUGUGGCAGCUCGUGGCUUGGACAUUAAUGAUGUACAGCUGAUUAUUCAGUGUGAGCCACCACGUGAUGUUGAAGCUUAUAUCCAUCGUUCAGGACGUACUGGGAGGGCAGGCAAUACUGGAGUUGCUAUUUUGCUUUAUGAACCCAGGAAUUCAUUUAGCAUUUCAAGGAUUGAAAGGGAAUCUGGUGUUAAGUUUGAGCACAUCUCUGCUCCUCAACCUUCUGAUGUUGCUGAAUCUGCUGGUUCUGAAGCAGCAGAUGCAAUUUCUAGUGUUUCAGACAGCGUGGUUCCAAUUUUCCGGAAGCAAGCAGAGGAUCUCUUGAACGCCUCUCAGUUACCCCCUGUGGAUUUGCUUGCGAAAGCACUUGCUAAGGCUGCAGGAUACACUGAUAUAAAGAAGAGAUCGCUGCUCUCUUCCAUGGAAAACUACGUGACAUUACUUCUUCAGGCAGGGAAAACUAUUUAUACACCAUCGUUUGCUUUUAGUAUCUUGAGAAGAUUCUUGCCUGAUGAGAAGAUUGAGGGGGUGAAGGGCCUCUCUCUCACUGCUGAUGGAAUGGGUGCAGUUUUUGAUGUACCUGCUGAUGAUGUGGAUACAUUCCUUGAAGGUCAAGACAACGCAAGCAUGGUGACUAUUGAGGUGCCGAAAAGCUUGCCUCCUUUGCAAGAAAAGGAGCAGGGGCGAGGCGGUAAUAGUGGGCGUGGCAGAUUUGGUGGCGGUGGCUUUUCGGGUGGCAAAAGAGACGGCAGUAGAUUCUCUGGCGGCGGCAGAGGCGGCAAGGGCGGUUCAGGUAGAAGAGGAGGAGGUGGAGGGGGAUUUUUCAGCAGGGGCAAUGGAAAGCAAAGUGGCGGAGGUGGUGGUAACAGAUUUAACAAGAGGAAGUGAAGCAGCAUGAAUUUUAUUUACUGUAUACUCUGGCAGAGUAAUAUUUUUGGGUGCUAUCUAGGAAACUCGUUAUUAUAUUGCGUAAUAUAGAGUUGGGCUCUUGAGAAGCGGCCUGAGUCGACAGUAUUUAAUUUGUUUUUCGAUAAUGUAUUGCCUAACAUUGUAACGUGAUACCACUUGAGCAAUUUUUAUGAGUGUCACAAUUUUGCGACACAUUUGAUUCUAACAUUUUAUGUUAUAAAAAAAAGGCAAAAUUCAGGUUCAA